AUCUUGAGAAGAGCAGGCAUAAACCUGCAUGACUUAAAUUACACGCUUUCUUCCGAUUUAAUGUCUCACUGUCGGGCGCACGCUUUGAAUGAUUUCUCACGUGUUCACAAAAGAGAAAAGUUCUCCACCACAGCUUGAACCUGUUGUUCUUUUUGCAUCCAUCAUCGCAAACGUGGAAGGCGAUGCAGUCCAAUACAUUACCAACACAAGAUCGUACGCCUUUGUUCUGUGCCGAUAUAUACCCUUCUUCUACAUUUUACGAAUCAGAUUCACCCGAUACAAUCCAUCAAAAUCUGACCUCAUUAGCAGCACUUUUACAAAAAUUCAUCAACGAUCAUUGCAAAGAUACCCUGGAAGGAUACAUUUGGUACAGAGAACCACUCAAAGUCUCAGUAGCCGAUCAGACAGACGAUGGCGAGAAGCCUGCUAGGCUUUGUGCGUCUAUGAGGCAUGGCGGUAGUGUUGAAGAUGAAUGGUUGGCUGUCCACUUGCUCAUAUUGGCAAGUGAGAAGUUUCAAGAUGAACCGAGCGCUCGCGGAUUCUGUGCGAAUGUAUACGAUGAAGAUGGACAAUUCUUGAUGAUCGAAGGGGCAGAAGAAUUGCCGGAUUGGCUUAACCCAAACAAUGCAGAUGGGCGACUUUGGAUUAUGGGUGGCGCCUUUCAUCUGCUGACUCUGGAGCACCACCCUGGGGAUGACGAGGUACAAACCUUAGAGGCUUCUUUGGAGGAAGGCAAAUCUCUCAAACAUAUCACAGCGCUCAAGGCCUUACAAUCGAGGCGGGACACGGUCGCAUCUCCACAAUUCGUAGAAACCCUUCAACGGAAUCGAAUGCCAACGUUUCCUGAGUUGGGGUGGGCGCAAGAUUGCCAGCAUUCGACGGUGGUAUAUUUGCCGAUGCUGGCUGCCAAGUUGGUGUCUCGCUAUCCACAAAUCAUUGCCGACGCAGCCGAAGCAUUCGAGGGAAGGGAAGGACCAAAAGAUGCUCGAACGUUGCGAGAUCUGAGUGUAUUUGGAGGACAAGGCGGGCCAGCCUUUCUGAUCAGGAUCAAGAUUCCAAGAAGGAUGUACGCGAUGUUGUUGGGUGAGCGAUACUUUCCACCGAAGGUGUUUGGCGCAGAGUGGCGUGAAAGUGUGAUGAAAUAUUGGGAUGCGUUGGAGGAGGAGCGAGGUGACAAGACGGUUGCAGAAGGGGAAAUUGCAGUCAAGGAGGAAGGAAGACGGCGAGAUCUGGGUUGCAAGAUUGUGUGCGGCUUAGAGUUGAUGCAUUCGAAUGUCAAGAGUCGAAUGUUGAAUAAUCCAAAGAAUCUAUUCGACGUACAGGAUGACCAGAUGCGCGAGGCUGAGGCAUACCAACAAUUUAUCAAGUCACUCAGUAGGCAGGGCUAUUUUGAUGGAGAAUUGCAAGACAGCUAUCAAUGGAAGGAGAAGGAGAGGGAGGCAUUGAAAAUUUGGCGGUCGGCGAGUCAAAGCAAGAAUGAUGAGCACACUUCGGAUGAGCUUGGAUUUGUUUUAGAUGCUGUCAAGGCGUGUGCGCAGGAUCGAUCGUUGCCACCGUAUGUUGAUGCGCAGAAAGGUGCAAAAGCGUUGCGGUUGUAUGAAGACCCAGAUGACUGGGUGUAUGAAGAGGGAGAGACCGCAAAUGAGGACGCGGAGGGGAUCGCGAUGGAGCAGCUGAAUGCGUUCAAGGACAAGAUGCAAACAUUUUUCGAAGGGGAAGGAGGUCAAGGGUUGUUUGAGGAGGACGAAGAAGAGGAGGAGGAGGAGGAGAACGAAGCGGAAAAGAGAAGGCGGGCGCUGGAAGAGCUGAUUCCACCGUUGCCGGAGGGGGAAUGGGGUGCGAAAGCUGGAAAGUCAGACAAGCAAAGUGUGGAGAUGGAAGGAGUGAGCGGAAAGAGUCGAUUGAAGGGCUUCACAAGUUAUGCGGAGUAUGACGGGGUGUGCGAUGUGGACGAGGACGAGGAAGAUGAGAUUUUGCGAGCGGGGGAUGCGGAGGAGGAUCGGAUGAGGCGUGCGCGGGCGCUAGGAAUUGAGAGGGAGUAUGAAGAGGAAGAGAUGAGGUUUAGGAUGGCCGUUGAGGAUGGCGACGUGGGGGAGGAGUGGGGGGACGGGGAGGACGAAGAGGAAUUUGCGAUUGGGGAGAAAGAGGUGGUUGAGUUUAUAGAAUUCGCAAGGGCGGCGAUGAGGAUGUGAGAUGAGGGGAAAAGGAAGCAAGGGAAUGAAAGUUCAGAUUUGCAGGUGUGAACCAU